CCAUAAAUAAAAAUAAGUGAAUUGUGUACAUCGACUCGACCGGCUCGGUAUAAGAAAAUUUUGUUUAAAUUAUUUCACAGUUUGUUAGUUUUUCUUUAUUAAAUUUCAAAAUCUCUUGUUCGUUACGGAUGGUGAAGCUAUUUUAGUGGAAUCAUGAAUAGGUGAUUUGGUACAUUUAGUUAUCUAAGCUUUCACCAACCAAAAUGCGACGAUCAUUCCUUCAGCUUUCUACCAACAACAUUGCGAACCGGGCGACGAAACGAUGGUUUUCCAGCAUCAAACGACCCGGAGACUGGGAGAGCAUUAUUGGGUUGGAAGUGCAUGCUCAAAUUUCGACAGAAUCCAAACUAUUUUCUGGGGGAGCAACCGCUUUUGGAGCACCGUUGAACUCACUGGUUACAUUUUUUGAUGCAGCCAUUCCUGGCACGCUUCCGGUUUUGAACAAGAAAUGCGUGGAAGCUGCCGUGUUAACUGCGAUGGCUCUCUCAUGCGAAAUCAAUCCUGUAUCAUGGUUUGAUCGGAAACACUAUUUCUAUUCUGAUUUACCGUCUGGUUUUCAAAUUACUCAACAACGAAAGGCAAUCGCAAACAAGGGGGAGUUACAGUUCGUGGUGUAUAAUCCAUCAAUUCAUAAGCAGCCGUAUUACGCAAAGAGCAAGAUCCAACAAUUGCAAUUAGAGCAGGAUAGUGGGAGAAGUUUACAUGUUCCAUCUGGAAACAGAAGCCUUAUUGAUUUAAAUCGCGCUGGGAUCGCUCUUAUGGAAAUAGUUUUUGAGCCAGAUUUGAAAGACGGAGAGGAGGCGAGUGCACUAGUCAAAGAAUUGUGUUUAAUACUUGAGCGUAUCGGAACCUGCUCGUGCCGAAUGGAAGAGGGUGCGUUACGGGUAGAUGCAAAUAUUUCAGUAAAUCGAAAAGGACUACCACUAGGCACCAGAACUGAAGUAAAAAAUAUAAGCAGCAUUCGAUCAAUUGUAAACGCAAUCGAGUUUGAAGUUGAACGUCAAAUCAGCGAGUUAGAAAAAGGGCGUAGAAUUGUUAAUGAGACGCGAGGUUAUGACGCACAGACGAAACAAACGGUUCCGAUGCGUGACAAGGAAGAACGACAGGACUACCGGUUUAUGCCUGAACCUAAUUUACCCCCACUAAAGGUGACUUAUGAUCCGGGGUCAACAGACAGUAAGACUGUUAAUAUUGCCAAGCUUCGGAGUAGGUUGAAAGAACUUCCUGAAGUUACGAGAAAGAGAUUAAUGAAACAGUUUGGGUUAAAAUUAGAGACUGCAAUAAUGAUCGUGAACACACCUGGUUUCUUGCCCUACUUUCAGUCCGUUAUGAAGAACAUAGAUUCAAACUUAGGUUUAAGAACAGCCAACUUUAUUGCAGUUGAAAUUUUAUCUGAACUAAACAAGAACAAUUUAACAUUGAACGACUGUAUGAUCGACCCAGACAAACUUGGUGAACUUAUCAAGAUACUAGAUGACCAAACGGUUAAUUUUAUAAAGGCGACAGAAAUCAUGCAAUUAUUACUAAAAGGAGAUAAUCGCUCACCUUUGCAAAUUGUCAAAGACGAAAACUGGAUGCAAGUAACGGAUUCUGGAGCAAUUAUGUCUGCUUGUGAAGACGUGCUAAAAGAAAACCCUAACCUAGUCAUGAAAUUUAAAAAUAGUGGAAAGUCCAAACUUAUGAAUCAGCUCAUAGCAAAAGUGAAGACGAAAACUGGGGGCAAAUAUAAUAUGCAACAAGUUGCAGACACCGUAGAAAAACUUUUAAAAAAUUCCUAGUACUGUAGUAAUGUGUAUUAGUUAUAUAACGUGUGUCAAACUAUUAUAAUGCUGUAAGAGGAGUAAAUUAUAUUUACAAAUAUAUGGAACAAAUGGUGAGCAUUA